UUUGAGACUAGGCUACCCCGGAAGUUAGAUUUUCGUGACUUCGGAGAUGUGAAAAUGAAUCAAUCCAUUUACACCUUUUGAACUUUAAUUUAGCUACUCCCAUUAACCAUGGAAGAACCAAAGAUAGGUGAGGUCGACGAUCUUACAGUUCUCGCUAAGUUAGAUGAAAAAAUAUUGCUCAACGAACUGCGAGUGCGUUAUGAGAAUGACCGAAUUUAUACAUAUGUUGGAGAUAUCCUUGUUGCCAUUAAUCCAUUCAAGAAGCUUAACCUCUAUGACAAACAGUAUUGUACCAAAUAUAAGCUGAGCAAGAAGGGGUCACUCCCCCCACACAUCUUUGCAGUAGCAGAUGCCACCUACCAGAAUAUGCUGGGAUAUGGGGGGUCACUCCCACGCAACCAAUGUAUCCUCAUCAGUGGUGAGAGUGGAGCAGGUAAAACUGAGAGCACAAAGCUGUUGAUCAAACAAUUGAUAGAGUUGUGCAAAGGAAACACACAGUUAGAACAACAGAUAUUACAGGUCAACCCCCUGCUAGAGGCAUUUGGCAAUGCACAGACCCUCAUGAAUGACAACUCCAGUCGCUUUGGAAAAUAUAUUCAACUCAAAUUCAAAAAUGGGACUGUAACGGGAGCUAAGAUAUCAGAGUACCUCCUUGAGAAGUCACGUGUUGUACAACAGAAUAAAGGAGAGGAAAAUUUCCAUAUAUUCUAUUACAUGUUUGCUGGCCUCUCUCCAGAACAAAAGACUAACUUUGGCUUAGACUCUAACAAUGUUCACAGAUAUGUGACAACAGCUCAGUCGAGUGUGAAGGCCAAAUUAGCCAGCUAUCAACAGGACUAUGAAGAACUUGUAAAUGCAAUGGACAUGGUUGGAUUCCUUGAAGAGGAACAGGAGAAUAUGUUCCGAAUUCUAUGUGGAGUUCUCAACACAGGAGAUAUCACAUUCCAACAACAGGAUGAGGACAUUAUUAACACAAACAAUAAAGCACUUUCACUAACUGCUGAAUGCCUAGGCCUAGAUGCAAGUGAAGUACUUGAUACAUUGACAUGUAGUGUGGCUGUAACAAGGGGAGAAGUGGUCAAACGCAAUUACACAAAAUCACAGGCUGAAGAUGCGAGAGAUGCCUUAGCUAAGGCCAUAUAUGGUCGGCUGUUCAGCUGGAUUAUCAACAAAGUGAAUUCGCUCCUUGCACCUAAAGACCUGAGUGGUCAAACAGAGACAAAUGAGAUAGGAAUACUGGAUAUAUUUGGCUUUGAACAUUUUGAGAAGAACAGUUUUGAGCAGGCCUGUAUUAAUCUUGCUAACGAGCAGUUACAGUUCUUUUUCAAUAAGCACAUUUUUAUGCUUGAACAAGAGGAGUAUAAGAAAGAAGGAGUAGAUUGGAAAGAAAUCACAUUUGUAGACAAUCAGCCUCUAUUGGAUUUAUUCCUUGGGCGACCUAUUGGGCUGCUAGCUUUACUGGAUGAGGAAAGCCAGUUCCCUCAGGGAUCAGGCCACUCACUAGUGCAGAAAUUUAACAAAAACCUUGCUGGGAACAGAUAUUUCCUUACAGCGAAGAACUCACACAGCAAUAACUUCACCAUUUCCCAUUAUGCAGGAAAGGUUGUCUAUGACAGCAGUGGAUGGCUCGAGAAGAACAGAGACACUAUGCCCCCAGGGCUAAUGGAAAUGCUACAACGCAGUGAAAACAGUCUACUCAGUGUAAUAUUUAAAGGCAAGUUGACAAGGACUGGAACCCUUGCCCUACAAGGCCGCAGUCGUAAGUCUAUGAAGUCCAGGAGGUCAACUGGUCGAACUCGGCCUGAUGCUGCAAGACUGAACAAGGCCACCAAGGAACGGAAACUAACUGUUGGUGCUCAGUUCAAGAACUCACUUCAAGUGUUGAUGGAGCGGAUGACAACCUCCAACCCAGUGUUUGUCAGAUGUAUUAAACCCAACAACCAGAAAGCUCCCUCAUGCUUUGAUGGCCCUUACGUCACUGCUCAGCUGCUAUACACCGGGAUGCUCGAGACAAUUAACAUAAGGCGAGAGGGUUUUGCAGUCAGACCAACUUUUCAAGAAUUUGUAGACAAGUAUAAGAUUCUGUUAGUGGACAGCAAAGCUGCAGGAGACAGAGCCAACUGUGAGAGGAUCCUGAAGAAAACUGGACUCCAAGGCUGGCAUGUUGGUAAAACAAAGGUGUUCCUGAAGUACCACCAUCUGGAUGCAUUAGCAGACCAACUGCAGAGUGUAGCACAGGCAGUUUUACAUUUACAGAGAGGUGUUCGUGGUUUCCUAGCAAGGUGCAGAGUGAAAGCCAAGAAACAAGAAGCUUUGAAGCAGGCUGAACAACUGGCAAAGUUACUUGAACAAGUCAGUGUAGCAUCCAAGACAUAUCAUUCCACACAGCAAACCAUGAUUAGUACAGAUAAAACCAUUCCCAAUGAUUAUUUCCUUGAAAAACCUUCCCCGCCAUCUAUAAAAAGUAUGCCCCCAGCACCAGUUACCAUGACACCCGUAUCAGAAGCUACGUAUGAACUUGAACAGGCAUCCAAUGGAGAUGAUGGUGUCUCCAGUGGCUCAGACUCUGAUGUACUGGAGGAUGACUUCACCCCAAUACAAUCCUCAGGAAUGACCAAAUUUGGCCGUAUCGGCACCAAAUCUGCGUCAAUUAAAUGGUUCCAGCAGACUCAGUCUAUGAAACUACAGAAAUCGUCAGGUGGAUUCUUUGAAUGGUUCCAUGGUAUUAUAACACGCAGGGAAUCAGAGAGACUUUUAGAGAACAAAUCAUUGGGCUGCUUCUUAAUCAGAGUCAGUGAGAGUCGAUUUGGUUACUCACUUUCAUUCAGGGCUGAAGAUAGGUGUCGCCACUAUAUGAUAGACCAGACACCCAGUGGUAAAUACAUCAUCAUAGGGGAGGCUAAAGUGCACAAGUCACUAGCAGAUCUCGUGCAACAUCAUCAGCAAGUCCCCAUUUCUAACUGGAAGGGAACCCUUAAAGAACCAUGUGGACAGACAACGGGCCAGUGCGAUUAUGAUGAGUUAUUGAGUGAAUCUGCAUAUUUUGAGCUGGAACGGGGAGAUAGCGUGGCAUCGGGCGCAGUAGGAGGUAGACGGUCUACAGGUGGUUAUGAGCAAUUGCAGAGGGACGAGGAUGCUUCAUAUGAGCUGGUGCCUCCACCCUUACCACAGAGGAACUAUGAUUACGUCACUGAGAUUGGGAGCAAACCAAUAUCUAAGAGAGGGCCCCUACCCAAGCCACCCACUGAUGCCUAUCUGUCCCUCAUACAAAAUCAGGAGGAUCAAUCCACAUACACUUUAGAAGGACACAGGAAGUAAGAAACGAAUGUCACACAGUCCAAGAUCAAGAUUAAAAUAGUAAAACUGUAUAUAUCUGAGACACCAACACCACAGUGUAUUACAACAAGGUCCUGAGGAGAGGAAUGACAAAAUACAACAUGAAAACUACAAUAUUGCAAUAGCUAACAGAGAACAAAGUUUAUUUGAAGCAUGAGUGGAGUAAACGGACUUGACAAUCACCAUUAGAUCUUGUGGGAUGAUAACUUUUUACCCUAAACAAGGCAAUGGUAAUUUUGGAAAAAAAUUUCUGGCUUCAUAAAAUUGGUCUACAUAAGAGAAAGCUCAUAACAAAGGCUCAAAUUUUUUCUUUUAAUCUUCAGAAAAUAUGUUAGUUUCUGAAGAUGGCAUGCGGGACAUUUUUACAAGAAUUGUAAAUCUUUUAUUAAAGAAUAUGUUAUAUGAAGAUUCAGUAUAAUAAUAGUAUCUUCAAUUAAAGGUUUUAUAUUCAUGAGAUAUCUCAUACAGGUAAAUGUAUAUUGUUAUACGUGUGGUUUUAGUUUUAUAUUAUUGCUCAUUUAUAUAUUUACUUCAUUAUUACAAGAAGUUGAUUUUAGGGUUUGCAAUCCUAAGUUGCUCCAAGAUCAAAUUCCAAAAAGUUUUAACUUUUGUGUCAAAUAACUAGUCAGGUUAUAUAUUAAAAUUUUGAUUUUGUUCUGUCUUACUUUAAUAUUUUGACAGGUGGUGAAAAGAGAAACCCUAUAAAUUAUCUGCUACGAUAAUGCUUGGAUGAGAGUGUAACAAAUUUCAUAUUAUCGCCCAUUGGGUCCAGGCACAUUAAUGACCAUGUGGCAGUAUUGAUGUAAAGGAUUUUAUCAAGGUAUCUGCCAUAAGCUAAAUUAAUGGCCAUGUGACAGUUCUAACAAUUAACAUGUUUUUUAAAACAGAAAAAGCAUUUUGCCAUCCGAUU